AUGGCGCCGGACAGCGAAGCGGGCGAGGCGAUCGAGGCGCUGGUUCGUCAACAUCGAGGCAGCCCGGAUAGCCCUCAUAUCUCCCGCUCGAGUGCCGCCGCUGGACAUGAUGGCGAGGGCGAGGGCGAGGGCGAUGGCGACGCCCGAAAGAGCGGCGAGAAAGAGUCCAAGAUCCUCGACGCCUGCAAGUGGACGGAUGUUCCCGGCCUGAGAGCGCUCGCCGAGUCCGAGGGCGGCUUUCUGAACGAUGGCUUGCGCCGCGCCGCUUGGCCAAUCUUGCUCGGGCUGCCAACCCCUGAAGCCGCCGCCAAUGGACACGCCGACACUGGCGAUUGGAAAGAUCUCCCGCGUCACCGAGACGAAGAACAGGUAGAGCUGGAUGUGAACCGCUCCUUCGUCUACUAUCCCAACGGCCAGUCCGAAGCGCAGCUCGAGCAGUGCAAGUCGGAGCUCUCGUCCCUCAUCGUCGAGGUCCUCCGCCGAUACCCAUAUCUUUGCUACUUCCAGGGCUACCACGACAUAUGCCAGGUCUUCAUGCUGGUGCUGGAGCCACCUUGGCGGGCCAAGGUGGUCGCGCGCCUCUCCAUCCUCCGGAUACGAGACUUCAUGCUCCCCAGCCUCGGCCCGACGACAUCCCAGCUGCGGCUGCUGCCGGACCUCUUGGGCAAGGCGGACCCCAAGCUGCGGCGGCACAUUGCCACCAUCGAGCCCUUCUACGCGCUGGCCGGGACGCUCACCAUGUAUGCCCACAACAUCGAGGCGUACCACGACAUUGCGCGACUGUUCGACGUCUUCCUGGCUCGCGAGCCCGUCUUCACCAUCUACGUCUUUGCCCAGAUCGUCAUGGACCGACGAGACGAGAUCCUGGACAUUGACGAGCCCGACAUGCUGCAGGUCGUCCUUGCCAAGGUCCCCCGCAACAUGGACCUAGACGUCCUCAUCGCCAAUUCGGUCAGCCUCUUCGACCGAUAUCCGCCCGAGUCACUGCGCUCCUGGAGGUGCAUCUCCAGCGCGAGUGUCCUCAAGACAGCGAGGGACGUCAGCGUGUGCACCAAGCAGACACUCGAGGAAGGCCACGCGUACUUUCAGCAACAGGUCAAGGACAUUCGGUGGGCGGACAUGCAGGAUCGGGUCAAGAUGGCUUUGUGGAGGUACCGGCGGCCGGCUAGAGCUUUCGGCAUCGCCAUCGCGGUGGCCGCCCUUGCGUUUUAUUUGCGGCGCAGUCCGACCCUUGUGCACUACAUGAUGUCUUUCUUCUCAAAAUGA